AGCUGCUGACCGUUUGUCAUUUUAAGUUGAAAUUUUGUUGUGUCUGGUUACCUAGAACAGAAAAUUUAGACGAAAUAAAUAAAUUUUAUACUUUUAUAAGGAAUUUGUUCACUGUUAAAGCGGUAAAUAAGUUACACGAAAGGGUAAAAAUGGCGGAUCUCAAAAAUGAUAUCGAUAGCGAUUUGGAUCAGAAUUACUCAUUAAAUAGUAAUGCGGAUCCGAAGAAUAUGCAGGAGCUAACAAUUUACGUGCAAAAUCUCCUGCAGAACGUGCAAGAUAAGUUUCAAACAAUGUCGGAUCAAAUUAUCACACGCAUCGAUGAUAUGGGCAAUAGAAUAGAUGAUUUGGAAAAGAGCAUUGCAGAUUUGAUGAAUCAAGCAGGUGUCGAGGGACCGGAAAAGUAAAAUAGGUAAAACUAGGCUCAUCGAAAUGCAAUGGAAAACGAACCGCAGUGUGGUGGCAUAGAAACCUCAAAUUUUUCAUGGAGCAUAUAAUAUAUAGUAUAUCGUUUUACAUAGUAUAUGGCACAGUAAUUUAAAACAAGUAAAAAAUCGAAACAUUUAUAUCACCUUAAAACAUAAAUAAAUACAUUCAUGCAUGCACAACUUGUACGUUAACGCCCUCAAUUCAUCAAGAAACAGCGUCGUUGUGUGCUGUAAUGUGAAAUAAUUGGCUCAAAUCAAAUUGAAUUUGUUGAAUUAAGUUGAUAAUUUUAAAUAAGUGAGUUUAAAAUAAAAUACCAAGGUACCAAUUUUAAGCGUGAAUGUAUAUGUUAAUUCAUUAGAAAGCAAACGAACGCAACUAUAAAUCAUAUAAAAUAUUUAAGUGCGAAAAGCGAAUGUUUAGUUAAGUUAUUCAUUUUAUUAAAUUAAAAUAAUUUUAUUUAGUUGAAAAUUUUUCAUACUACAUGAAAAACCUGGAAUGAGAAAGAAUUAGUUACAUUUAAAUAUAUGUAUGAGUGAGCAGCGCAUUAAUUGUGUAAGGUUUUAUUUUUUAAAA